AGGAAUGUUGGGGACCCCUAUCACGUCAGAAGAGGUUCCAGAAAUGAAUUUCAGGAAGGCGCUGAGAAGAGUUUCACAAGGAUAUGAACGAUUGCGACAGAAUCUAGUGCUAGAUGAACCAUUGUCUGUGGUGGACCCUGCCUUCCAUUACGGACUGAUCCUCGGAGUGGUAGAUGCUGCAGCCACAAGGCUCACAAAUUCAACAAAUUUGGAAUCUCAAGCUGUUUAUCUGGAGACACUGGAGAACGAUUUACCAUUUGUCUACCAAGCGGUCUCCAAAGCCAAUCAGCAACUAGAGGGCCACCUGGAUGAAGUGGAAAACGCUUUGAAACCGUUGGUCGACCUUAUGAACGAUGUGUGUGUGAAUCUGGACGACAAAUCCUGCAAUAUACUUGUCCAGCAUUAUCUUGGACAAGAGACCCCAGAUCACAUAACUGGUCAUUUGAGGCUUAGAGCGGUCGAGGUCUUGCGCACGGCGAAUGAGCUGGCGCGCCGGUACCUGAAGCUGAAUGAGAGGUUCACCUUAGCCAGCACUCGCCUCGCAGGCCUAUUUUAUACUUUGCACAAAGUGAGGAAACUUAGCAAACUUGCCGAUCUCCUCCAUACAGCAAUAGUUAGGAGCCGUCUUACUGUCUAAAAUUAUGUAAUUGUUAAAUUUUGUGUACACCUA